AUUGCUCGGCCUUCGCUCCGUCUCGUCUUCACGCGGCGGCUCACCGGUUCCCAGUUCCCGGCGCAGACAGCAGGAGGGAGCUAGCACCAGCAGAAAGCAGCAGCCAUGGGUCGCGUCCGAACUAAAACGGUGAAGAAAUCCUCUCGCCAGGUCAUCGAGCGCUACUACUCCAAAAUGACGCUCGAUUUCCACACCAACAAGAAGAUCCUGGAGGAAGUCGCAAUCAUCCCUUCCAAGCGCCUCCGCAAUAAGAUCGCCGGAUUCUCCACCCACCUCAUGAAGCGGAUCCAGAAGGGCCCCGUUCGCGGGAUCUCACUCAAGCUCCAGGAGGAAGAGCGCGAGCGCCGCAUGGACUUCGUCCCCGAGCAGUCCGCCAUCAACGUCGAGGCUAUUAAGAUCGAUAAGGAGACCAGAGAUAUGAUUGACGCUCUAGGGUUGGGCGAUAUGCAGGGCCUUGAAACCAUCGAUCCUGUCGCGGCUUCCACUGCCGGGUUCGGGUUUGGAAGAGGCGGCGGCGGCCGUGGGAGGUACUGAAGAUUCUUAAUGAUAUAGUGAAGGAGCAGUUGCUUUUUGUUAUUUUAUUUUGUGAUCUAGCUUUCUUAAUUAGUUGAGUGUUUUCUAGAACUGCCGUUUCGAUUGCCAUACUGAUAGGUUUUUGGAUGAAUUGGAGAGGAAAAGGGUGUCCUUGUUCUUUACGUUUCAAUGGUUUAUGCUUAAAUUUCCCAAGGUUUGGCAUUUUGUAUGAAUUUAUGGCUAGAGAUCAGUUUGCGGUUGCUAAUGCAUUACCUGAUAUCAGUCGAUGCUUUGAAUUAGGGCGUCAAAUUAAAGUGGAAUAUGUGG